AUGCAUCUAUUUAAAAUAAUUAUUUUAAUAAGUUCUUUAUGGAAUAUAUCAAAUGGAAAUUAUCGAAUAUAUGAAACAAUACCUAAAAAUAACUCGACAGUUUUUGAUUGUUUAUACAAUUUAAUAAUAAAUGGUGAUGAACUCCUUCAGUUGGAAAUGGAUGUACAUAUUGAUAGUAUUCCGUAUUGUCGACAAUCGUCAAUAAAAAAUAAUGAUAAUCCGUUACCUAAUAAUACUGAACAAUGGACCUUUGAUCAACUUCGUCAAAUGAAUAUUUCAUUCAACCAAUUAUACGAUUGGUAUGUCCCAUUAGAUAUUAUUGAAGAAUAUUUAUUAGAGCAAUCAAAUGGAAUAAUUGUUAAUUGUUCAAACAAAAAUAAUUAUUGGUUUGGAAAUCGUUGUCAAUAUACAUUAGAUUCUUAUGCUGAAUUGAAAGAUAUCUUAUGGGAUCGAUUUGACGCUAAACAUUAUAUGGAAGAUCAUUUAUUAACAAUUACCAAUGGAACAUGUUAUUUAGUACCUAAUGAUCAAUGUCAAUCAAUUUUAUGUUUAGAUUGGAGAGAAAUUUGUGAUGGAAAAAUUGAUUGUACAAAUGGAUUUGAUGAAUAUCAUUGUCAUUUACUUGAAAUGAAUGAAUGUGACGAAAUAAAUGAAUUUCGUUGUUUAAAUGGUCAAUGCAUUGAUAAAACAUUUUAUAGAGAUCAAUAUACUGAUUGUAUGGAUUAUAGCGAUGAACGAUUAAACAAUAUAGACAGUUGCUUUUAUACAUCUUAUACUGGUUGUGAAGAUCAUUUAUGUCCUAAUAUGUGGUUUUCUUGCGGUGAUGGAUCUUGCUAUGAUGGGCCGAUAAACUUAGAUACAACACUUUGUAGAUCUAAAAGAGAUUAUCUUUAUUUUCAAAAAAUGUCAUCAUCAUCAUCAACAUUAAUAUUAUUUUCUCAUAUGCAUAUUAUUUACAAAGAUAUGAAACCAGAAAGAAUCUGUUAUAAUCAAUCGUUAUGUCCGUAUUUAUUUAAUACAAUCCAUUUCGGAAUAAUGACAACAUCAUUAAAUGGUUUAACAUGUCAAUUAUUAGAUAAUAAGAUAUCAGAUGUAAAACGAUUUGUUCAAUCAUGUUCAUUAUUACCUUCAGAACAUCAA